AUUACUAUUAGGUUCAUAUCCCCAAAUUAAAACUUUUAGCAAAUUCUCUCCCUUUCAAAAUUACACAAGUUCCCUAAUCGAUUAGAACAACUUCUUUGAUCAAUAAUCAUCCCAGAUCGAACUUUCAGAUUCAGGGGUUUUUCAUCUUUUGUCAAAAAAAAAAGUAAAAUCCUUUGAGGGGGUUUUAGGAUAAUUUGCUCUGCGUUACAAAAUGUCUACAGGUGUUUGCGGUAAACGGGUUGGGUAUGAUGAUUACUUCGGCUCUUCAUCUUCCCCGACCAAUAAGAGAUCCAAAUGGUCCACCUUUGGAUCGCCGAUCCGUUCUUCUGAAACCGGCUCUGGAUCCGAUGACCCGGUUGCAUCUUUGAUCCAUAUGUUCCCUACCAUGGAUCCUGAGUUUGUCAGAGAGGUUCUGAGCAACAAGAACAAUGUGUUUGAAGAGGCAAAAGAGAGUUUGAGCUCAAUUUCCUUCAAUGGCAAUUUGGAUAGAACAGACGCUAGUAGCUCCGUUGAUGGUUCUGUGGGAAGUUGGAGGGAUGAGGAUAUGGUUGACGGAGCUAAAUGGGUCGAUAGACUUGUAUCCGAGAUGUCAAAGGCGAAAAACAUUGAUGAUAUGAGGCAACGUGUUGUGGUGAUCUUAGAAGCUGUAGAGAGAAUCAUUAAGCACAACACCAAUGCCUCAAAGAAGCUUGAAUAUGCGUCAUUAAAGGACACUCUACAGAGUUUGAUCAAUGAUAACCAAAUCUUGAAACGGGCCAUUGCGAGUCAACACCAGCGUAGCUCUGAAAACGAAGAGAAGGCCAAAGAAGUACAUCAUUUGAAAGGCGUGGUGGGGCAAUACCAAGAACAGGUUCAUAAGCUAGAGCUAAGCAACUACGCCUUGAAACUCCAUCUUCAAAGGUCACAACAACAAAAACAAAGUUCUUUCUCAGGGAAUCUGCCUCCAGACGUUUACUGAAACCAAAAUGACUACAUAUAUAAGCAUAACUGUAACAGGGACGACUCAUGAAUCUUCUCGAUCCGGUUCAGAAGUUUUCCAAUUCUUUUGAGUAUAUUUGUCUUCUUCUGAAACUGUUUGUGAGAGUACGUAUACGUUGGAGAAUCUAUCUAUAAUUUUUAUGUUUACAUUGCCUAGUGUUUCUACUUUUGUGUGUUGACCAAACUUUGAGUUUGACAUAUUGUUUUCCUUCAUAAAGA